AUUCCUCUGUUCUUACACAACAAACGCAGUCAGAUCGCUAUUUUCUCUAAUCCUGCAUUGAUAAUAUCAAAGGAGCGUCACUAUUGUUUGCUUUCUCUGUAAAUUAGUCUUCGGAUGGCAAGUUAUCAAAGGAAUUUAAAGAUCACCUUUCACUAAUUCCCUAAUCAUUUGAUUCAUAUAUUGUACAACCGUUUUGUGGAUAGAAAGAGAGCUUCUAGUAAUUCGUCAUCCUUUUUUUAAUAUCCCAUAUUAUAUCCUAUGGAUGCCGAAUUGACUUCCAACAACAAAGGGGAGUCUGUGCCCUCAGCAGUUCAGAACGAUUCUUCCAUUGAAUUAAACAAGACUGAGUCUCCUAAACAACUGCAUGAUUCGGAAAAACCACAAUCUACGAUGAGUCAAAAUGACAAACAAGAAAUGGAUCAACCAAACACUUUUGCGGCAUCCCAUUUAGAAGAUGUUGCGGAGAUUUCCGAUGUUCGCAAUCAGAAUACCUUACCGAAUACUUCCGCUGAUUUUAUAUCGAACCAGGAUAUAGGAAAUACAAAGAAUGAAGACGAGUCAAAGCCUAGCGAAUCCGAGCCUGCUUCUAAACAAGAGCCUGAAGAGGUUCGUUCACAGAAUGAUGAGGAAUCAAAACCUAGUGAACCAGAGUCAGUUGCUAAGCAAGAUUCCCAACAAGUUCAUACACAGAAUGAUGAAGAGUCGAAACCUAGUGAACCAGAGUCAGUUGCUAAGCAAGAUUCCCAACAAGCUCAUACACAGAAUGAUGAAGAGUCGAAACCUAGUGAACCAGAGUCAGUUGCUACCCAGGAUCCUGAAGAUGUUGAUACGCAGAAUGACAAUGAGACAAAAAGAGAUGAACAGAAGCCUGUUGCAAAGCAAGAGUCGAAACAAGUCCAUGCACAGAAUAAUGAGGAAUUAAAGCCCAGUGAGCCGGAUUCUAUACAUGAUAAGGCACAGGCUGAAAACAAAGGUGAAACUGUUUCGUUCGUUCCAUCAUCCAAGGAUUCUUUUAAGUCGCAAACCACAAUCGAUCAUUCAAAAGAAGUAAAGCAAGAUGCACUUCCAAAGAUGGAACCACAACAACAAAAUGCUAAUGUUACUGAAGAUGUCACCCAGAAAACACCCGCCUUCACUGAUGAGGGUGCAGUAGAAGGUGUCUCUUCUUCCGCGGAUGACCGCGUCACCGUCUCCAAUUUAUUUGCUAAUGAUGAACCUUCCAGUUUGGGUUUUUUUGAUAAUCUUACGAAAACUGCAGAUUUCCAUCCUUCUACUGAGAUGAAUAGCAGUGAAGGCUUUUUUGGCCAAUUCAACCAAGGAAACGAGAUUAACGCCCAAGAUGAAACCUCCUAUAAUAACUAUAAUGAAUCUCAGCUCGCACCUCCAAAAUCAGCUAUGGAACCUGAUUAUGAACAACCUGUUUCUGCAUCUACUGAACCCGUUUUAUCAUCCUCUUCAAAGCACUUAGAAAUGGACUAUCGAAAUGAAGAGCUAUUGGUACCAAAUAAUGAGCCAUUCAGUGAAAAUAAUUACGAUAAAGAAGCGACUGGUGUUUAUACUGAUGGAGUACAACGUAGCUCAAGUGACAUUUUUCAUCAACAAUCUUCCGAACCGACACAAGCAGCAAAUAAAGAUGAAUUACAGGGCACACCCGCUUUUUACGAAAAUCCUCACAAUAGAUCUAACGUGGGAGCAUCUCAGGCUGGUGAGGAAACUGAAGAUCUCUUUCAAAAUAAUCCCGAAGAGGAGGAAAGAUUUUUUAAUGAAGUUCUACAACCUCAUGAACAAGCUUCUCCUACACAACCAAAGGACCAUGUUACUGACCCUUCCUUGAAUGUUAUUUCUUCCUUUGAGCAGCCUUCUGCAGACGAAGAUGUCGCUUUGUUCAAUAAAUACGCCAACAAUGAGACGCCUUCAGAGACCUUGCCGGAAAACAGCAAUGAAAAUGAUAAUGAAUUGAUAGAUGAUUCUGAAUUUUCUUCGUUAUUGGAUAAUUUCUUAAAACCAGUUGCUGAAGCACCUGCUCAAUCGUAUGCUUCUUCCUAUAUUCCCGCCCCUCUGAAACAGUCGCCGACUACACCGUUACCUCCUUUAGAUACUAGAAAGCAUUCGUCGUCUCAGAUUUCUAAACCUUUUGUUGCCUCUAAAGAAGGCUAUAGCUCACCAUAUGAUCUUCCAGAAGAAAUUGUUCAACAAGCUCAACAAAAGCGGUCUGCCACAUAUACGUCUGCUCGAAAAGCUGCCCAAAUUUCUGCGUCAAAAGUUAGUUCCCCUACGUUAAAUAGUUUUCAAGGACUUAAUGCUUCUCUUGCCACUCCAGAAACCGUGGUUCCGCCUAGUACCGUCCGAGAGCCUGUUGGUGCUUUCCCAGGUCCUCCUGUUAUGAAUCCUCGUCUUUCUUCAACUCCAGCUCCUAUUCCAGUUGCGAAAACAGUUAGAGCGAGCGACAGUGUAUAUGGGAAAGGGAGAUAUACUCCUGAUUUAUCUAGCAAAAUACCUUCAGCAGCUCCAAGAGCCCCUAUACAGGAACCAAAGACUUUGGAAACGAAGCCUCCCAUAACGCGAAAGUACACAAAAUCUCCAUAUGCUCCCAUAGUUUCUCCCAACGAACUUACGCAUGUUCAACAAGUGUCUCGUCCUCCAGUUUCUUAUACUCCGGUUGAAACUCAAAAGCCCCUGGCAUCGGUCCCUAGUGUUUCUCCCCCAAUUAACCAAGCAGCUACAAAUAGUGGCUUUGCUAUCCCUAAUGAACCACCGACUGUACCACAGACCAAAGUAGGCUAUUCGCCAUUAGCAAAGGUUGGAAGAGCAUAUCCUAGCGUUCCAGAUCUGCAAUCUCACGAGUCUGCUUUUGAUCAAUCUUCACCGUUUAUGAACGGGAGUGAAAUACAGUCCAUUAGAGGUAGCACAGCGCCACCGCUGUCCCCUGCUCAAGUUCAUCCGUAUACUCCAGUACACAAUAUAUCAGCGUAUAACAGAGCUGACCCAACGCUAAAUCAAGGAUAUAACACAGAACAUGCUUUCCCUUCAGAUAUCCCGGGGACUACUCUUCCUCCACCUGAACGCCCUAUGUCUCGGACAAGGAGCCCUGUUUUUCUUCAUAGGGAAAGCAUACCGGAUCGACCAGCUACUGUUUCGUUGCCUGCUAAGCAACCAUAUCUGAGCGAAAGGAAGAGUUUGAGUGACCUAAAGCGAGACCCCAAUUUUACCGAGAGCGCUAACUCAUUAUCAAUCGAAACCAGAGUUGGCAACAAUUAUUUAAGUGCUCAUUCAGCUCAACCAUAUUCGAAUAUGUCGUCUCAACCUUUAGACCCACGAUCUAAUACGGUCGCAUCCGUUCCUGUAUCGCCAAACUUUGCUACUUCUAAUCCCAUAAACAAUAUAUUUUCAUCUAAUGAAACCGUACAGCAACAAAUAGAUCUAAUUAGGACAAAGCCAAAGCCUAUCAUAUGUUUUGGCCCUUGUGGAACGGUCAUUACUUCUUUUCCAGUCUCUACUCAAUUUUACUCCGUCAAUGGAAGGAAAGAUAGUCUCCAGCCAGGACUUUUGAAACUUCAAAGCCUAAGUGAUGUAGUGCCUCAGGCAUAUGAAUACGAUAAUAAAUUCCCUGGCCCUUUCAUUGCUUCUAAUGAUAAACUUGAGAAAAAUGCUAAAAAUGCAGCAAAAGAAUGGAUCUCUAAAUAUAUAGAGAAUUUGAAGUUGGGAUUAUCUUACGCAUCUCCUGAUGAUGCAACCAAAUUAGAAGAUAAGUUGUUAUUGCUUCAGACAAUGGAGCAACUUCUCAGCAUACCGGAUAUGUCAAAGUUUCCAGAAAGUCUGGUGAAAAUUCUUGUUCCUGGAUUUGAGAAGCCUGCUCCUUGUAAUACCGAGACAACCGUACAAGAGUUAAUUAGUCCUGAAAGAUCUGUUGAUAGUUCUCCCGUGGUAUCUGCGGGAAAUACUACAGGCUCCUUCCUAGAGCGCAUUUACGGUUACUUGCUAAUUGGUGACAAGGAGGAAGCGCUCAAUUUUGCUUUACAAGAGAAGCAGUGGUCAUUUGCUUUAAUUAUCUCAUUUGCAUUAGGGCCAAAGGUUUUGGAAGGAACAGUAAGGAGUUUUGCAAAGUCUGAAGUAAAAAUGGAGAUGCUGAAGCCAGGUGUUGGUAUAAAUCUUCAGUUAGCACUGCAGUUACUAUCUGGAGCCGAUGCAGCAUCAUUAUCUGAAUUUUCGAGUACAUCGUCUUUAUUAAAUUUAUCAGCUCAAUCGGCUACUACAAAUGCUUUGGCUUCAUGGAAGGAGUUGGUUGCUAACAUCAUUUGUAGUCAAUACAAGGAUAAAAAUAAUGCAUUAAUUGAACUAGGAAAAUUGCUUCUUCAGGAGAGACGAGUCUAUGCUGCUCAUUUAGUGUUUAUGUUGACAUUUUCUUCUGAAAUUUGCUCACAGCAUCCUCAAUCUUUGUUUCACUUGUUGGGCCUUCCUAAGGAUGGAAGCUUACCUACCCGUGAAGAGUUACUAGACAGUGUUCAAUUGACUGAAGUAUUGGCUUUGAUUUAUAGUAUUCAUAUCGAUCGAGGUGUGAUUACAUAUCCUCAUUUAAUGAACGAUCGGUUAUACCUUGCUACGACGUUGUCGGAAAACGGGGAGACGCAUACAGCUAAAAAAUAUUGUGAACUGAUUGGUACAUACCUGAAUAAAGCAUCUAAGAAGCAGUCAAACUUGGAUCCGGACUUCAUUUUCGCUGUACGAGACUUGACCCAACAAAUUUUUGAAAAUAGUUCUAGCGAAGAUGUUACUACAUCGUGGUUGGGUAGAACAGUAUCAAGACCGCGUUUAGAUAAUGUGCUUUCUUCAUUGGGCAGCAAGUUCAGCAAGUUUGUCGCUGGAGAAAAUGACUAUGACAUUUCUCGCCCGGCAACCGCCAACGACGGACCGUUUGGAAAAGUAGCUGCUCAUCAGGAAGCCACUUCACGAGCUGGGUCCGCAAUGGGAUAUGGAAGUAAAAAUGAUAUGAGGCCUUAUUCAUCUGGAGUAUUGAACUCUAAUGACAUGAUUGCUCAUUAUGGUAUGGGUCAGGGAAGCACACCAUAUAUGAAUAGAUAUGAGCCGGCUGGCGUAAGCAAUGAGUUUUCUUAUGCUCCACCAUCUGCCUUGCAAGAACAGCAGGACAAUAUUUCCAGUCUUAAUUUGGCCGCUGAAUCUCAAGUAUCUUCACCACGGCAAAUGCAAGCUCAGUUCGGUUUGAAACAACCAUCAGUUCAUGGAAGCGGCAUUAGUCACCCUCAGUAUACUCCAUUGGUACCCCCCGUUACCGCUAAGAAUGCUUAUAUGCCGCGCACUUCUGUUGAAGAAGGAUUUGAGAAUAGCGUGGAAGGGGAACCUCUCGAAAGUCCUUACCAAUACAGAGCUCCUGUUCCUGAAGCUCAUUUGGUUCCCACUGCACCUCAAUACGCACCUUCACAAUAUGCCCCUUCAGUACAGACAAAUGAGCCAUCGCCAUAUGCUCCAAUAAAUACGAAUGCAUAUGUACCCAAGGCCCCCGAAGCUCAGAAAGAGCAGAAUCAGAUGGAACGUUUGACUACAUCCAUGCAAGAUCUAAGUUUUAAUCCUGAUCGAAGCGAGCAAGCUAAAAGAGCAGCUGCUCAAAAUGUUGCAGAACUUGUGAAACGCGAAGAAGAAGAAAAGGCCAAGGAGAAAGCUGCUGCUUCAGAAAAGAAAAGCAAUAAGAAGGGAUGGUUUUCGAAGCUUUUACGCAGAGAUGAUAACAAGGAACAAUCGUCAGUAUAUCAAGCUAAAUUAGGAGAGAAAUCACAUUUGCGAUAUGACAAAGAGUUAAGACGAUGGGUGAAUGAAGAUGGUUCUGACUUGAACAAUCAAGUGGCACCACCUCCACCUCCACCAAAGAUUAAUCCAAGUAAAUCUAUGGGUAGUGCACCUCCUAGUGUACCUAUGACUAUGCCGACGCAGGCGCCAAAUGAAAUAACACCUCCAGUGAUGCCAGUCCCGAGUGCAGCAGCCACUCUUGAUGAGAAACUACCUUCUGCGUCAGUUGGAUUACCAACAACUUUAGAAUCCGGAAACUCACCUGGCUUGCCGAAUAUACCAGCGAUCCCUCCAGCGAGUCGUGCAACUCCAGGUGCGAAGACGGCAAGUGCUGAUCCCUUGGAAGAUAUCUUACAUUCCGUUCCUCCCCCGGCUACAGGACGACGUGGAAAAGGUAAGACGAGUAAACGAUAUGUGGAUAUUAUGAGAGAUACGUGAAGAUUUGAUCAUGCAGACGUUUUUUCUUCUUGAUCUUGAAAAAGCAGUAAGAAGGAAAUGGAUUCGAAUAUGAUUUCUAGAAUGUAUAACCUCUACUCUUUAUGUUUUAUCAUUGAGAGAUAAUGAUAUUUACGAAAGUCUAUGAUAGAAAGCAAUAACUAUGAAAAGAUCAAAGGCAGCCAUUCGAAGUGCGUGUAAUAUUAUAAACAUCCACUAAAUCACGGGAAACUCAUGAAAAAUCGCAGCCACUGUUGAAACCUAAUCAAACUAGACACUAGACAAGGAGUUGAACAAGAUAAUAGAUGAUGAAACAAAGUUUUCCUUUUAGUAAACAAGAGUUUUUUAC